AUGGUUACCAUUUUGGUUAAAGACAUUACAAUUGUCAAUGUCUAUAAUCAACCGAAACCAUCCAAGAAAUACCCUGAGCCACCGGUUUUUGAGUUUCUCAAACGGGAGAUCAAGGAACAAUACUCAAAGAUUGUCAUUGCAGGUGAUUAUAACUUACAUCACAAGGAAUGGGAGUCAAGGGCAGGUCCGAAUACGGAAGCAGAUGAAGUUGUUGAGUGGCUACAUGAAAAUGAUAUGAUGUUAAUUACUCCAAGAAAUCAAAAAACAUACAACAAUAGAACCAAUAUUGAUUUGGUUUAUGGCUCAGUGGACUUACUUCAUAGAAUUUCAUUUAGUGGAGUGGAUGAAAAUACACUAAGUGAUCACUCAAUUAAUGCAGAUUGGGAAAAGUUUGACAAGGAGCUUUCUUCUGCCAUUAAAGAUUUUAAUGUGCAUAACAAAACUCUAAAAUCAACUGACCAAAUUGAUGACCAAGCUAAAGUUCUUGAGGAGGUUGUAAAAAGAGCAAUGGCAAAGUCGAUGAAGGAAGUUAAGGUGAUGAAAAAGUCCAAACGCUAUUGGAAUCAAGAAUUAAGGGAGAAGUUAGAAAAAGCGCUAGAAGCUAAAAGGGAAGCCCGUCAAAGACAACCUUCUUUGGCUUUGAAACGACAAAAAAUUGAAGAGGCGAAAAAAGCUAGAAAAAUUUUUGACCACAGUUUGCGUGAGGCAAGUACUGAGCAAUGGAAUAAAUAUUUGUCUAGUUUAGAAGGAAAUGACAUUUGGAAGAUUUUGAAGUAUAUUAAUCCAAAAAGCAAUGAUACCAUUAUACCACAAAUUAGAAAAGAAGAUGGAACUCUCACUACUACUGUUGACGAAAAAAGACAUGAAAUAUGGAAGGCACUUCUACCUGAAAUUGAUCAUGGUCUUGAUAGAGAGUUUGAAAUUGAUGACGAUUCUCGAUGGCCAAAAUUAGAGCUUGAUGAAGUUGACUCUGCAUUGACUGAUACCCCAAAUGAUAAAGCUCCAGUAGAUGAUGGAAUUACGGGCAAAGUUUUAAAGAUGGCAUGGCUGAAUAAAGACUUUAAGGAAAGGUUUUUCAAGCUUCUCCAAGCUUGUGUGAAGUUUGGAUACCACCCAAAAGCCUGGAGACAUGGCAUUAUUGUUGUUAUACCUAAACCUAAGAAAUCUGAUUAUUCAAAGCCAAGAGCAUACCGACCAAUUUCCUUACUUAAGAUUCCAUCUAAAGUACUGGAAAAAAUUAUACAAAAAAGAAUGACCAAGCUUACAACACACUUACUUCCACCAGAGCAAUAUGGGGGAAGACAAGGUUAUUGUGCUACUGAUGCUGUUUUGGAACUUGUCCAAAGAAUUGAAACUAGUAAAGAAAAAAUUUCAGCUAUGCUCAUUGAUAUUCAAGGAGCCUUUGAUAAUGUUAACAGAAAUAUAUUGGCAGACACAAUGGAGGAUAUGAAACUACCCAAAGCACUUAUAAACUGGACGUACCAAUUUGUAAGUGAAAGAGAAGCUAGCAUGCUCAUGGACCGAAGAAAAGGAUCAGUGCAAAAAAUUAAAUGGGGUGGAACUCCUUUUGGCUUUAUUGAUGAUGUGACUAUUACCGUUGAAGGUAAAAUUGAAGAAAAUACCAAAAGCUUAAGCAACAUAUUAGAAAAAUGUUGUAAUUGGGCUAAAUCAAGAAUGACCAAAAUUGAUUUGGGUGAUAAAUUGGGUUUUAUUCAUUUUACAAAAAAUGUGAAACCUAAAGAUGAGAAAGUGCAACUUAUUUUACCUAAUGGAGAACUUCGUGAACCCCAGAAGGAAGUUAAAUUGCUUGGAAUUAUUUUGAACAAUCUGCUUGAUUUUACAUCUCAUAUAUUGAAUAAAAUCAAUAAAGCAAGAAAAGCUGUUGGUGCUAUUUGGCAUCUUGGUGGCGUGCAAAAAGGUAUGCGAGGGUCUGCAGUCAGAUCACUGUAUAUUGCUUGCGUGAGACCAAUUGUCGAAUAUGGCUUAGAAAUUUGGCAUCACAAAAUUUUGAAAGGAGAAAUCCACAAGUUGGAAGUAAUGCAGAAUAUGGCUUUAAGAAGAAUUGUUGGUGCUUAUCGCACAACUCCUAUUGCGGUACUACAAAAGGAAGCUGGUAUUAUGCCAUAUAGUAUUAGGCUAAAAUUUAUGGUGGCACGAAAAGCUAUUCGUUUACACCUAAAUAUUAGCAAAACUAAUCCUAUUAAUGGUCAUUUGUUAACAUUGAUUGAGAAAUCUCCAAUUGCAAAGCUAACCACGCUUUACAUGUUGGCGAAAGAUGAUAGAGACUAUAUGAUUAAAAAGGAUGAAAAACGAAAAUGCAAGAGGGUUGAACCUCUUACACUGAAACAACAACAAAAUCAGACGAUUGGAAUUUUGAAGAAACAAGCAAUGGAAGAAUGGCAAGAAAUGUAUUGGAACAGCAGUAAGGAUCUGUGGUAUCAUAAUAUCACAGUGGAGUAG